AUGGCCAUGAUGGUCCGUGCUCGGGCACGUGCGCUUCUGGCACAGCUUCUCCUGGCUUGCUUGAUCCACGCCAGAGCCAGCGACUUGAAAGACCUCCUUGUCGCAACAGCUCGUGGGGCAACUGUGCUGAAGAGCCACCUGUCUUCCAGCGCAAAUGCCAGAAGCUUGCUGAGUGAGAAGGACGAGUUCGGCUUCAGCUCCCUGACAGUGGCGACGUACAUUGGCGAUGCUUAUGCUGCCGAACUGCUCGUCAAAGAAGGUGCAGUCACUUGGCCCGGUGAGAUCACGGCAUUUAUGGGUGAUGCGCCGGUGAAGCUCGGCUCGAUCGUGGAGUUGGCAGUGCGGCGCAGCUCCAUGCUGAUCAUGCUGGGAACAGGCUUCAAGAUGCCGGCCUACUUGCACGAAGCACAGAAGAAGAUCUCCGUGGCAAAGAAGCCAUCGCCCUCAAGCCCCGAGGUGCCAGAUAUGGCCCGAACCCUCGAAGUCGUUGCAGCAAGCGGUGCGCAAGCGACAGAGAAGUCACAGGAGGAAGGGGCUGACCUGGCGCGUGCUGCUUACUUCCUGGACUCCUCCAUGGUGGAGGUGCUGCUCAAGAUGGGGCUUGUGAAGACAGAAAGCGGAUUCUCCAAGGCAGCCAGUCGUGCCUUAAUCGCAGUGGUGCUGGGCAUCGGUCAGCUGAAGCACCGCUUGAACCGCGCCUUGCUUCAGCAGCCCCGAAUGGCAGGCCGCCUCUUUCGGGACUACUACGGCUUCGACAUUGAGUCUGAGGCAAAGCUUCUCAGCCCGACCUUCCAAAGCAUGUCAUUUGAAGACACCCUGCGCAUGGUGAAUGGCAAGGCCAUCCUUGUUGCCGAGAGCCUGCUCAAGGCGCGUGCAGACCCCAGCUUUGCACAAAGCAAACAAAGCGGCAAGACGCCCUUGCACCAUUGUGCGGAGCAUGGACUCUCGGUGAUGGCCGAGGUGCUGCUGGCUGCCAAGGCGAACCCUGAGACAGCAAGCAGGCCCUUGCGGAGGACGCCUUUGCACCAAGCCGUGGUCCACCGUUCCCUGGGCGUGUUGCGCGCGCUGUUGGACUCCGGGGCACGCACAUCGGCCCUGGAUUCUGCAGGCCGCACAGCCAUGGAUUUGGUCAAGAAGCUGGGCUGGGCCGAGGGGCAGCAGCAAAUGCAGCUCGUCACAUGCCAUGGCAGCUGCCCGGCCGGAGAUGUGGAAAGCGAGAUGCCACUACGCUUUGUACACCUUCCUGAAUUGCUGCCAGCAGGCUGGCAUCAUCACUGGCAACAAGGGCACCUUCCUGAUUGGGGCGGGGCAGACACCCAAACGUGCGAGAUUGCCGUGAUGAAAUCGGAGGAGCUCUCUGCAGACGCAUUUGUCGACGACUACCUCUCACUUCGGCGUCCUCUGUUGGUUCGCGGCGGUGCCAAGCAAAUGCCUGCCUUCGAGCGUUGGUCUUUGCGCUAUUUGAUGCGAAAGGUCGGUGAGACACCGAUGUCAGCCGUGACCAUUCCUUACCCAGAAGACUUUGGAGACGUUGAUGCCAAAGAUGCACGCCGUCUCCCUUUGAAAGAGUAUGUCACUGACGUUAUGGGAAAGGUCAACUCGUCAUCCGGGACCCCGUUGUACGUGUUCUCAGUUGUGGAGCAGGAGGACCCUACGUUCAAGAAGCUGUUGGGCCUAGUUCAGAAAGAUGCCACACCGCAUCCUUCCUGGAUGCAGGAGUCUGGAAAGCUCCGCUAUCGCCUCGGGAACAUCCAGUUUGGAUUGGGGCCGCCUGGCUCGGGAGCACCCCAGCACUACCACACACAUGCGUAUGCUACACUCUUCAGAGGAAGAAAACAGUGGCUGUUUUAUCCGCCUCCAACAUCUUCCCUUUCGCGACAGCAUGCCAUCCAGGCAAUGCGACAGGAUCAGCUGCAAAGGCAAGAGUGGAGGUCUGUGAAGACCCUGCAGGAAGCUGUUGCUCGAAAGAGCCAGCACCCACUUUACUGUGAGCAGGGACCUGGAGACAUCGUGUAUGUGCCCACGGACUGGGGUCAUCUCACGUACAAUACGGACAUCAGCCUGUCCAUCUCACGGGUCCGUCUCCGAGAAAUGCGGGCGAGAAUGGCCGAAGAAAGAAAGACCCGCCUAGAGCAAAUCCAGGCGGUUUUUGCCGGCCUUGGAGCUGGAACACGGACUCUUCUCGAGGACAGAUCAAAGAUGACAGUCCUGGUUGGUGGCCUCACUGCCCUGGCCUUGGGUGUGUACGGAGCGCGCGCGGCAACGGGCGUCGCGGGCAACCUGAUCGAAAGGCGGUUGAUGCGCCCUCCUUUGGUGCGGGAGACAUCGCGAAUGACAUGGGGCCGCGAUGGCCUAGCGAGCUUCAUCUCCUCCAAGAAGCAGGGCGGCUUCCUGGAGAAGAUUGUUUUGGAGGACGACUUGUCGGAGAGGCUGCAGUGGACAACCAAUUCUCUGGUCAACGCGAAGAAGAAUGGCACGCCAUACAGGCAUCUCCUCCUGCACGGACCCCCCGGAACGGGCAAGACACUCUUUGCUCGGACGCUUGCCAGGCAGUCCGGCCUAGACUAUGCCAUCAUGUCUGGUGGAGACGUCGGGCCACUUGGAAAAGAUGCCGUACACGAGCUGAACAAGCUGUUCUCCUGGGCCAACUCAUCCAGGCGCGGGCUCAUCUUGUUCAUCGACGAGGCUGAUGCCUUCCUUCGUACCGGCAGAGGUUCCGACACCGGCUCGAUGAGCGAAGAGGCAAGGAAUGUGCUGUCGGCCUUCUUGCACCACACUGGCACAGAAAGCGACAAGUUUGUUGUAGUGCUGGCCACCAACAUCCGAGAAAUCCUCGAUAGAGCAGUGCUUGAUCGCAUAGACGAGAACUUCGAGUUUCCCUUGCCCAGUCUAGAGGAGCGCAAGAGGAUGCUGGCAAUGUUCAUGGAGGAGCAUAUCCACACGCCCACCAAGCGCGGCAAGGUCAUUGAGGUGGACCAAGCUCUGGAUGACAGCUUCUUAGAACAGGUUGCCAAGCGGACGGAUGGGUUCUCUGGCCGCCAGCUUGCCAAGCUGGUGCUCGCUUACCAGGCAGCAGUGUUCGGAUCAGGCACAACAAGGCUAACGCCCGGCCUGGCAGAGACCGUCCUGCAGUACAAGCUGAUCCAUCGUGAGGACAUCACCUCGCUGGGUCCAACAGUCCUGUGGGGGAAGAUGUUACAAGUUGUUACAAGAUGUUGUGGCUGCAUCUCGGGCUCCAGCUUCUGGUACACGUGA